UUAUGGAUAAAGCUCAUUGGUGGAUAUUUGCGUGGCUAUAUAUCGUAUCUUCUGUACAUGGGUCUAAGAAAAAAGGGUAUGGUAUCGACUUACAAGCAUUCAAAUGUGGGGAUCUGGACGCUUUAACUAAUAUACGAUGGUGGUACAAUUGGGACUCCAAUUUUGGCGAUAUUUAAACAGCGAGUGGAUGUACUAUAAACGACAAAUACCUUGCCCCAUUCGUCCCCAUGAUAUGGAGUUACAAUCCAAAUUGGUCUACAUCCACAUACAGCGUUGAUAAUAGAAAUGAGUUUAUUUUAGGCUUUAACGAGCCUAAUCACGUAAGCCAAGCAAACCUUUCUCCGCAGGUUGCAGCCGAUAAUUGGAACAUAAUUGAGAAUGCUGCAAGGGGUAAAAUGCUUAUCGUUAGUCCAGCCGCUGCGCCAUGUAGCGGAGGUUCGACAAACUGUAUAAGCGACACAUUUGCGUGGUUCGAUGAUUUUUUUCGCAUCCUUUGUGGAAUACCGGGUGGCGAUCCAGUUGUGCCAUGCCGCGUUCACUACCUUGCAACCCAUCACUACUCAUGUAACCCACAGAGUACAAUGAUAUUUCUUCAACAACUUUACGACAGGUACGGAUUGAAAAUAUGGCUUACGGAGUUUGCAUGUCCUAAUUCCUACUCCCCGGAAGAGCAACUGUAUUACAUGAUCGAUUUAUUACCUUAUUUAGAGCAAGCAGAUUACGUCUUCAGAUACGCCUGGUAUGUCCAUCGAAGAGCCGCACCUGAUGCAUUUAUCAGUGAACACGCAAAUCUGUUUGAAACUGGAACCUCCGUUUUGACAGACCUCGGCCAAUAUUAUAACAACUUUAAAGUUGAAGAACCAGUACCGGCUAGUGUUUGUAGAGCUAAUCGAAAGUAACAAGUCUUUGCAGAGUGUCCGGAAAAUUCGAGUAUAAUUCAUACAACAUUCACUUAUCAUCGUCGGGUGACCUAGAUUCAACGCUGUAUUUAAUUCGACACAUUUUAAUUAAAGUCCCAUAUAGUCUUAAAUGUCUGUAACACAUAAACAUAUUAAGAUUUUCUACUAUCAAAGUUAUUUUUCGGCAAAUAUUACGUCAACGAGUAGAAAAUAGAAAAUACUAUAUUUAGGAUAUAAGGAUCUUACCACGGGUGCUGUUACAGACA